AUGCAGAUCUUGCCAAGGUUAAACGCAUUCUUCAUAUUCAGGGUGACAGACAACAGUGUAGUAAAACUUAACACCUCUCCUCCGUCUCUUCCCCAUGAUAGUAUCAUCGUCCUCCAUAGAUCCUGCUUUCCGGAAGCUGAAUCGGGAGGGCCAUCCGCUCGCUCAUGUCACAAAGUAUGUGUUGAUCCUGAGAGGAGACAAAUCUUUGUGUUAGGCAGGUAUCUUGACAUUCAGUUUAGAACUGCUGGAUCGCUUAAGGUAAGGUGA